GGACUGGAUGGGCAGCCGAACUCAUGAACUAUAGUUUAACCAUGGUAUUUGUAGUAAAACUGUGGUUAUACAAAUCAUAAUAAAUAUGCCAAAAAACCAUGGUUACUAUACAGUUUUACUAUGGUUAAUUUUUGUAAGGGAUUUUUUUUUUUUUUCAUAUAUCAACUGUACAUACCAGCUAGUGUGUAUAUCAGUUAUUGUUUGAAUUUUUCUUGUUACCUCAUUUAAUAUGCAUGAUGAAGGAUACAAAUAAUUAAGUAAUUCACCUAAUGUGUUCUCAAGUCUAAGCACGGUUAAUAUGAGAGCAGAGCAGAGCAAUGAAUUAAGGACAUUGUACGAUAAUUGUGCUUUAAAAUCUUUUAUUUUUGUUUAUUUAUUUUCAAGUAAAUGUGUAUUUAGAUGCCAGCAUCCCUGAGAAAGAUAAAGUGUUGCAGGAUCUCCUCUAUUUCGUAAAUAAAGGACGUCUGAAAUCUGUCCCGGGAACAAGAAGAACAGUUCUCCUCUUCCCAUCCGGCCUGCCAUGUUGAGAACCCUGAUCAUCACGACACUGGUUGAGCUUCUAGAUUCUAGAAGAUGUGAUGUGAUGAAGCAGGAGAAGGGUUUCUCUGCAGGGUUUUGUUGUGACCGCCUGUCCAUGCUGUGUGUCGUUCCUUAUGCCAUCUCGAAGCAGCCUCUGGGAUGCGUGUGCAUGUCCCUCACUCUUCGCACAGACUGGAUCUGGGGGUGAUGGGCGCCCCAUUCAUUCCAGUGUUUGUAGGAUCCAAAUUCAAACAGGCCUCGGCUGGAUGUCUGAUGUCUACCUCCAUCAGCAGAAAGCGUGGCUUUCCACGGCCCCUAUCUCUUCAACUCUCUCUCUCACACAUGCACUCAUUCACUCUCUACAGCACAGCUAGCAAUGUGCUGACCUCAGUAGACUGGCCACAGACCUCUCCAUUGAGAGAAAGAGGACUUGUUGCCGUUGUGUGAAGCUUCAGCAGUUUUAUAUGGUGGUUACAGUUAAAUUUUAAGUUGUCAAGGAUUUGGAGCUUAAGUUAAGAGUGAAAAACAGAUGCACAACAUUUGCCAGACUAUUCAAUUUUAAACAAUUAUAAAUAGUGCUGCAUUUAAUUAUUCACACAGUCAAAUACAUUUGACCAUCAAAAAGUAUAUCUCAUUGAAGAACCACAUUGACACUUACCUAAAAAGCUGAAAAAUUAUUAAUCUUCUUAUUUACUUGAAUGCCAUCAUUUACAUGCUUCAUUUUACUUAGUCAUGCACCUCCUAUUGCGACACUGGGCCCCAUCCAUGCAGCCUGCUUUGCAUAAAGUCAAAGGAGUGGGCAGGACAUGGAUGUUGAAUGGAUGUGCUUGUAAGGGCCUAUUGCGUAUGUAUGCAUAUGUGUGCGAGUAUGUAAAGGCAGGUGGAAGUGGGUCUCUGAAUCACUCUGUGGCUGUAACUGUGGUGAGAGGACAGCAGACGAGUCUCAGUGCAGGAUAAAAAUGGACUUUUAAUGACAGAUAACACUUAAAAACCACCAUUCUUUGACUCUCUUUAAGCUUUUUUGGUGGUUGCGAUGCUUUUACCAACCAUUUUUGAAAACCUGGAAGUUACUGUUUGUGUUGUCUGCUGGAACAAUCUUAAGUCGAAACAGCUUGCUGUGUGUUUUGCCAUACGUGCCGGUCAUAUGUAAAAAUAUGCAUGGAAUCAUUGUGCCUGGCAUCCACUCCUGUGGUAGAUGCCAGUAGGCACGAUGCCUUCCUGGCUACGGCAGAUGGCAUUGUGAGCUGGGUAAAGCCAAAGGCUCAGUCCAAAACAAUGAGGCCUGGGGCAAAGUGCUGACUCCUGCCUGCCCUGUGGCCAAUCUUCCCUUUCUGUCAUGCUACAUAUAAAUAGAGCCCUUAGUUGGUGGUCUGGGGACCGUUGUGUGGAACUCCUGAGCGCUUGCAGCUAUUUGUUGGGUCUAUCAGCAUUGAGAUAUCUUCAAGGAUGGCUCUGACUAAUCCCAUGCCACUUGGGCCAUGGAAGCUCACAGUCUAUGACCAAGAGAACUUCCAAGGCAAGCGCGUGGAGUUCACCUCAGCCUGUCAGAACAUCAUGGAAUGUGGCAUGGACAAUGUCCGCUCUCUGAAGGUGGAGUGUGGCGCCUGGGUGGGCUAUGAACACUCAAGCUUCUGUGGGCAGCAGUUCAUCUUGGAAAGAGGCGACUACCCUCGCUGGGAGUCUUGGAGCGGCAGCAAUGCCUACCACAUUGAGAGGCUAAUGUCCUUCCGGCCAAUCUGCUCUGCUAACCACAAGGAGUCAAAGAUUACCGUCUUUGAGCGGGAGAACUUUAUUGGACACCAGUGGGAGAUAACCGAUGACUACCCCUCUCUCCAGGCCAUGGGCUGGCCCUCCAACGAGAUCGGAUCAAUGCAGGUGCAAAGUGGGGCCUGGGUUUGUUACCAGUACCCUGGUUACCGUGGUUACCAGUACAUCAUGGAGUGUGACCACCAUGGUGGCGAGUACAAACACUACAGGGAGUGGGGCUCCCACGCUCAGACCUUCCAGGUGCAGUCCCUCCGCCGGGUUCAGCAGUGAGGGCAGCUCGCCCAGCUCCCUUCCUCCCUCCCCCACCUCCUCCUCCUCUUCUUCCUCCUCCACCACCUCUUCCUCACCUCCACCCCUUCAUUCCGAUACCAGCAAGCCCAGCACAGGCUGAACGUCUGGUGCAUUCGGCAAAUGUUUACAGCGCUUUCUUCUUUUUGCAUGCCAUCGAUUUGAAAGAAAAGAGCGAGAGGAAGAACUCAAGCAGACUGAUUCUGUGAGCGGCACAGUGGUGUGACUUAAGCUUUGCUCCUCAUCGCUGUCAUGAUGCAGUCUGUGCAAAAGAGAUCAAUAAAGGGUACACUUA